UUAAUCUCCAAAACAUAAUAAUACUCUACAGAUUUCCGAAACUAAAGGGUCUGGUCACAGGCAAUCUCCAUUUAUUUUUUUCUAGAUGUUAUUGGGUUGAAUUUCGUCAAACGACGGAUCUGCAAACGGGAAAUGUUGUGAUCAAGCCUAAUGAUAUUUGAACAGACUUGAUUUUACACCCGUAAGAAAUGAAGGGUCUAAUGUUCGAUUCGCUUUGUGUCUAUCUGCUCGAUCGGAACAAAAAUGCUUUAGAAUAAGCAUAAUUUGUCAGUCACAGACUAAAGGCAAAUCUCUUAGAUUUGAAGGAAUUGUUGUUUAGGAGUAGGUAGGAUGGCAUGCCUAGCACUUUCUCUACAGCCAAUAAAAGGACCUGACAUUCUGCUUCAAACCCGUGAAUGGUUCCCUCCAGCAAGAGCAUUGGUAGCUGUAUCUAGUUUUAAGGCCACCCGUCUUGCAUUUGCAAGUGGAAAAAGUACUACAGCUGAUGAUGGUGAUCAAAGUCUUGGUGACGAUCCUUUGGCAGCCUCAAGUGGGCAAGUAGUAGUUGGAAAGGAGAGCAAAUAUCGAAUAGUAUACCGUUUGGUGAAUAGCAUCUAUGUUCUUGGUAUUACAACUGCAGAUCAGGAUGAUACUGUAAACAAUGUAUUUGAAUGUACUGGAAUAGUAAAUCAAGCAGUAAGUGUAGUUGUGGCUGCUUGUAGAGGUGUCGAUGUUACUCCUGACAAGCUUCAUCGCAAGUAUACAGAGAUUUACAUGGCUCUAGAUAUAGUUUUGCAUGGGGCAAGUAGCACGAGACUUGCAACUAUUUUGGCAUCUAUGCAUGGGGAGGGUAUUGCAAAGAUGGUUCUUUCUGCGAUAGAUGCUGAGAAUCGUGUACGUGGUGCAGAAAGCUGGAAUCAACUAGAAGGGCAGUCUCUUGAGCACAAGGCAAAUGUACAAGUCCUCUCACAGGCUAUGUUUGAGUUGCCAGAAGAGACUUUAUCUGCUGGUGAUGAGGUGGCAGCAACUCUUACCCCUGCCCCACAGAGCUCCGCAGCUCAGACUUCUCAACAGAAAUCAGCUGACAAACCAGCUAAUGAGGAUCCUUUUGCAGUUAGUGAUUCUGUAAACAAAACUGAUGAACUUGCAGGUGGAUUUAAAAAGAAUAAAGAGUCACCAUCUGAUGUCACAUUAGCUCUUGCUGAGCUGGACGUGACAACCUUGAAAACAACUUCAACGGCAGAGUCCACAUUUAUUGGAGUGGAGGGAUUUGAAGGAGACUAUGGAGGAAUUGAGUUUGGUAAUGAGCAGGCUUCAUUAGCUGAGGCAUUUGAAGGUUUGGAUGAUGCCUUUGGUGGAGGUUUGGAUGCCUCUGAAUUUGGAGCAACUAUAGAACCAACGAGAACAAAAGGGCUUGGAGGCCUUGAAUUGUUAGAGAGUGGACAGACGGCAUCAAAACCAUCAUCUGGACCAACUCUUCCUCCUGGGGAAGCACUGACUGCAGGCAUGGCAUCUUCAAACAAAGGUCCUCUAUUAUACCUGCACGAGGAGGUGAAUGCCGAGUUCAAAGAAUCAGUACUCAAAAAGAUAGGAGUUCAGGGUACACUGUUCUUGAAGACUACUUCCCCAAAAGAUUCCAGCAUCAAGGAUAACGAGUUUUCAUUUCGACUUCAUGGUUCAGCUGGCAUCAAGAAUGCUAUCAUGCAGGAUGCCAUUGUAAGCAGUCUCGGGAAGGGUUUAUUUCACAUCAGAACUCCAGUGUCAGAAGAUCCUUUGACAAUUUUGAAAUAUCGUCUUCAGCCCCGUUUUACUCCUCUACCUUUGAGGGUUCGAUUGCUCACACGUCGAAGUGGUACCUUGCUCUCCUUAAUGAUACAAUAUGUAGCCAAUCCGUUUUUGCCUACACCUCUUAAAGAUGUAGUUUUCAUUGUGAAAUUACCAGAGGAUCCUACAUUAUUGAAAGUAUCCCCUAAAGCUACUUUGAACCGUCAAAGCCAAGAGUUAAGAUGGCAUGUUCAGGAGAUCCCACUGCAAGGUCGUCCUGGUUGCUUAAAAGCUCAGAUGCCAGUCAACUCUGAGACACAGGAUUCCACAGAUAAGGCUCCUCGCAGGAAAGAACCUGAAAUUAAAGGUCGUGUAGAGUUUGCUGUCCAAGGGCACACACUUUCAGGAAUUACUGUCGCGUCUGUUUCUGAAGGGCUUACAGACUUUUACUUGGGGGAAAACAACUAUAAAACUGGCAAUUAUCUGUGUUUGUAAGAAUACGAAGUGGUUUUGAAAAAAACGGAUGACAGCAUUUUCACUCUUUUAUUUCUAGAAAGUAUUUUAGUCAAAGGUUGUUUGAACCUUGGAGAGUGAGGUCACACGUCUUUUGUCUGUGUUUUUGAAUAAUUUUCCUAGACUAUUGUAUGGUUGGUUACUUCAUUCUCAAUUAAAAGUUUCAAUAUUGGGCAAUUGCGUCAUUUUGGGUCUAUAUAUUUGAAAUGUGUAGAAUCACUUCUCUGAGCAUUAGUGACGAGGGGCUCCAGGUUGAAGCAUUGACACAAGCUUAUUGAUCCUAAUUCAGUUGUCAGGAAUCAUGGUGGUGGAUUUUUGCGGCAAUGGUUAUAAGAUAAUUGAUAUCUCCUUCCACCAAUUGUUGAUGAUCUGAUAGAAAUGUCUGUAGUAAAGUCAAUUCUUCCUCUUGGUAUUAUUGGUAAUUUGGUGAGUCAGAACAAACUUUCUGUGUUUACAUGUAUGAAUAUUUUGAAAGAAUUUUUGUGUGCUGGAAGUUCCAACUUUGGAACUGCCGAAGAUCAAGAAAGAGCAAAGCGAUUUAUUUGCCUUUAUUUGUAUUGUAUGUGAAAAUAUUUGAAUAUGUUGUUAUGCAGAAUUACUGUAAAUACUUUAGCAAAACAGGUCUGCAAGUUUCUGUGUGCUGGAAGUUCCAACCUUGGAACUGACGAAUAUCAAAAAAGAGCAAAGCGAUUUAUUGGCCUU